CUUUCAAUCCAAGAGACGCCCAUUCUCAAUCCCACAAGGUCCAUACUGUGUAGCCCGUCCAUUAUCACAACACCACCAACAUGAACGCAGCAGCAGCGAUCCGUGCCAAUGCCCUCCGCGGCUUGCGACCCAUGGCCUCCCGCUUCCAACCGAGCACCCUCCCCCAGAUCACCCGCUCUUUCUCGGCCUCUGCCCGCCGCAGCUACGAGUAUAUCGAGGUUUCAGAGCCCCGGCCGGGCGUCGGACAAGUAACCCUCAACCGCCCCAAAGCCCUCAACGCACUCUGCUCCCCCCUAAUCGCCGAACUCAACACGGCCCUGCGCAGCUUCCAAGCCUCGCCCACCGUCGCGGCCGUCGUGCUCACCGGCUCGGAGCGGGCCUUCGCGGCGGGGGCGGACAUCAAGGAGAUGGCGCCGCUGACCUUCAGCGAGGCCUACACCAACUCGUUCAUCGAGUCGUGGUCGGAGCUGACGACGGCGCUCAAGAAGCCGCUGGUGGCGGCCGUGUCGGGCCACGCGCUGGGCGGCGGCUGCGAGCUCGCCCUCAUGGCCGACGUGCUGUACUGCACGGCCUCGGCCAACUUUGGGCAGCCCGAGAUCCGGCUGGGCACGAUCCCCGGUGCGGGCGGCAGUCAGCGGCUCACGCGGGCCGUGGGGAAGAGCAAGGCGAUGGAGCUGAUCUUGACGGGCAAGUCGUUUAGUGGCGAGGAGGCCGAGCGAUGGGGGGUGGCUGCGCGCGUGUUUCCGAGUUAUGAGGCGCUGAUGGAGGGUGCGCUCGGCACGGCGGAGACGAUUGCUGGGUACUCCAAGGUGGCGGUGCAGGCGGCCAAGGAGGUGGUCAACAAGAGCCAGGACCUGCCGCUGCGGGAUGGGGUGGAGUAUGAGAGGCGGCUGUUCCACGCGCUGUUUGGGAGCCAGGACCAGAAGAUCGGGAUGAAGGCGUUUGCGGAGAAGAAGAAGGCCGAGUGGAGCCAUCAGUAGAGACAGGUAAGGUAGUUACUCUAUCUUGCGGGAAUGUAAACAACAACAGAUC